UUCUCUUCAGCCCAAACCCAAAUACUAAUGACGCGUAGUAAAUAAACAAGCGGGAAGGUCAAUUUCGUCAAAUAACCGCUUUACAAAUCCCGGUUUAGUCGAACUUAAUAUUAAACCCAGAGAAUUUGCCCUUGCGUAUCACGGUUCGUAAAGAAUACAUGUUUAAUAGGAGGAGGAUAAGUAUAAACCCUUAACCCCCUUUAUCAAUCGCUUACUCAACCAUGGAUUACGCAACCAAAGUAUCGAUUCACAUUGAUGACGAAGACGAUGAGGAGGAGGUUUGCAGGAUUUGCAGAAACCCAGGGGAUGCGGAUACUCCGCUUCGGUACCCGUGCGCUUGCAGCGGUAGCAUCAAGUUCGUUCACGAGGAUUGCCUCCUUCAGUGGCUUAGCUUCUCCAAAGCUCGUCACUGCGAGGUUUGCAAGCACAGUUUCUCAUUCUCGCCGCUUUACGCUGAAAACGCUCCCACGAGGCUCCCUUUUCACGAGUUCGCUGUUGGCGUUGCGAUGAAAGCUUGCAAUAGCCGUCUUCCGCGGUUGAGCUUCGUGCUUUGCGUCUGGCUUCUCACCGUUCCUUUCGUUACGUUUUGGAUGUGGAGAUUGUCUUUCCUGCGGCGUUUUGGUGAAAUGUCCACCACGGUUGUUCUCAGUGAUUGUUUGCUUGGGUUUAUACUAUCAGCGAGUAUCAUGUUCGUUAUCCGUGAAGCGGCGUCGUUUAGGGAUUACUUUAGGCAUUUGAGAGUUUCAUUGUAUGAGCUGGUUGGAUUGGAGGGUCCGUUGUUUCGUUUGGUUGAGAAUGCAUUUAGUGUCCUGGCAAGCAAUAUGUUAUUCAUUGGUGGUGUCAUCUUUGUUCCCUUCACACUUGGACGGGUUAUAUUGUACCAUUUUGCUGAUACUGGUCUAUCGUUGAGAAAUAUUUUAACUCUGAGUCUGAACAAUGUGCUGACUGCUGCUGUCUCGAUCUCGAAUUUGACUAACAAUGGUCAGCUCACAGAAAUGGUGAAAGUCAAUGGAAGUGAAUUGAGUGGAGCAAUCAAUAAUACACUAUUUGUUGCUGCUGGUCUCUCAUCAACGCUAUAUGAUGUUACAACUCUGACUGCUGGGUAUAUGUUUAUUGUCUUUCUGGUGUUAAUUUACCUUGGAAUCACUGCGCUGAUUCGAUAUUUCAAGGAUGAGCCAUUGACUGUUGAGGGAGUUUAUGGGAUCGCUUGGAUAGUAGAAACUGUGUCACCUCUCCUUGGGCAGUUCUUGGUAGUAAUGAGACUAGGAAUCAGACUUGCCUCUUUUUUGGUCGUCAUGUUUGGCGUCUUCCCCCUCAUGUGCGGGUGGUGGCUAGAUGUUUGCACGGUUACAAUGUUUGGUCAAACAAUGUCCUACAGACUACAGUUUUUAUCAGUUUCUCCACUUGCAAGCUCACUUGUUCAUUGGGUUGUUGGAGCCGUGUACGACUGGUAUUCACUAAUAUUGGAGAACCUUCUUCGACAGGUUCUUCGCCCUGAAGUUUUGUAUUUCCUUUAUGGUCCGGAAGAUGAUGAUGAUGAGGAGACAAUCCGUUAUUUGAUUCAUGAUCCAGUACACAAGAUUGCUCGGGAUGGUUUCUUAUCUGGUGCACAGUAUGGGAGUUGGAUUGUCUUGCUGGUGUUUUUACCAGUUAAACUUGCGAUAUGGAUGGCUCCUUCAGUCUUCCCUCUCGACAUAUCUGUAUCGGACCCUUUCACUGAGAUUCCUGCCGGCAUUCUCCUGCUUACAAUAUGCACACCAUUUAUCAUCGAGCAUUUUAGUAUCCAGACCACAGUUGUGUCCCUUCUACGGUGCUGGUUCACAUGCGUCGGUUGGGCCCUUGGUUUGACAGAUUUUCUCUUGCUAAAACCAGAGGACAACCGAAAUGAUGAACCAGGAAGGCAGAACAUAGAACAAGUGUUGCAUGUCGUUGAGCCUGACAUGGCCAUGGCUGCUCAUCCAGCCCCUGAUGACCCAAAAAGAAGUCUCCUCCAAGAGUACAACUUGCAGCUCCGGAUAACCCUUCUUCUACUUGUUGCAUCGGUUACUCUUCUUCUGGUCCAUUCUACAUUGAUUGUUGCACCAGUUUCUCUUGGUCGUACUCUGUUUAACGCCAUCCCAGUUCUCCCAAGAACGCAUGGAAUCAAAUGCAAUGAUUUGUAUGCUUUCUUCAUUGGCACGUAUGUCUUUUGGACUACCAUAUCUGGUGCCAUGUAUGCUGUCGAGCACGUCAAGUCAGAGAGGAGUUCAGUCUUGCUUAGCCAAAUAUGGAAAUGGUGUGGGAUUGUCAUCAAGAGCUCGGUGCUUUUAGGCAUAUGGGUAAGUGGUUUGUUAUACUGGUUGUUUUCUUAUCAGCUUUUUUUGAGACACUCCAAACUCAUUUGACUCUUGAUUCUUACUGAACUGGUUCUUAUCAUUCCGGUACUAAUCGGACUUCUGUUUGAGCUUUUGGUGAUUGUCCCAAUAAGAGUCCCAGUAGAUGAAAGCCCUGUCUUUAUCCUGUAUCAAGACUGGGCUCUUGGCCUCAUCAUUUUGAAGAUCUGGACUAGACUGAUGGUGGAUGAUAGCUGGAGAGCAAAGUUUGAGAGAGUAAAAGAAGAUGGCUUCUCAAGGCUUCAGGGGUUAUGGGUACUGAGAGAGAUUGUAUUCCCGGUCGUGAUGAAACUGCUAACGGCACUAUGCGUGCCUUAUGUCCUGGCGAGAGGAGUGUUCCCAAUGCUCGGAUGUACGCUAGUUGUGAACUCGGCGGUCUACAGAUUCGCUUGGAUAGGUUAUCUCUCGGCGAGCCUCUUGUGCUUCUGUGUAAAAAGAUGCCAAGUCUGGUUCAGAAACCUUCACAACUCUAUCCGUGAUGAUCGUUAUAUCAUUGGUCAGAGACUCCAUAACUCUGGGGAGGAAGCUGCUGCUUUGGCUAUAAAGAAAAACCAAAGCAGUGAAGUUGCAGGAGAUGGUGGACUUAGACGUGCAAUCUAACAAGAAGCUUAGAAAAGAAGAUUAUGUGAAGGAUAAGCCAAUAUAAAAAUGUGUUAGUGUCCCUAGCAGUUCCAGUGGAACACCAUUGUAUAUAUCUAAUUAAAUAUAGUUUUAGCAAGUCAAAUCUUAUUAUAUUGGUAUAUGACUAUAUGUUGUAAUCUAUGAAUGUGCCCGUAACAUUAUAUCGCUGAAGACGGGUUACUAGUGUUCACGGAAGAUGAAAUUGGUAUCGAUAAGGUCCACUGCUGGUUAUGGCCCUAUCUGCCCUUUUGACUGUCAAUGCUGCUUCUAUUGUUCUUUUUUCUUUCUUAAACCAAUUUUAAAGCUUUAUUGUACAUUGAAAAGUGGAUCAAUUCAGAUGAAUAAUCUUAGUUGACACAGGUUGUGAUGCUUGGAUGUCUUGUUUGGUUAAAGUCUUUAUCAUUGCUUGUGGUGUGUAACAUUCAUGAUUCUUGUUUUCCAGCACAUUACAAAGUUAAGUCUAAAUU